AUGAAGUUUCUUGCAUUCAGCGCGGCCGCUUUUCUUGGCGCGGCGUUUCAAUCCUACACCGCAACGCCAGAUCGUGUGGCGCAAUGCCGGCAAGAGAAUGUGUUUGGGACAAAAUUUAAGCCAUUUGUGCUUGGCGAGGUGAUUAACUUGGCGGAGGACGUCGCUGUGUUUCGUUUUCUCCUACCAAAACCAGAAAUGGAGUUUGACCUCAUGCCAUGCAGUACACUGCAGGGUUGUUUUAAGGAAGGCGUAAACAUCGUGGACCAACCGAUGCGGUUCUACACUCCCGUUACACGUAAUGGUACAAAGGGCUACUUCGACCUGUUGGUCAAGAAACAGGUGAAUGGUCGCUUUACCGAACAUCUCUUCUCCAUGAACGUAGGCGAAACCCUUCUUUUCCGCACUGUGCAAUACAAACUAAAGUAUAGGAAGAAUGCAUGGGAGGAAGUUGGCAUGAUUGGUGGCGGUACUGGCAUUUGUCCAUUGCUACAGUUUUUAAACGCCUCACUGGAUACUCCCGGGGACAUGACAAAACUCUCCCUCCUCUUUGCCAACAGAUCUGAGAACAAAAUUUUGCUCAAGGGUAUGCUUGACAAGUUGUCUCAGGAACAUUCCCAUCGCCUAAAGGUGUACUACACCGUUGAUUCAAUAGAGAACGAGGAUGGUUCUUACAAUGGUUACGUUGGAUAUAUCACAGAGAAGAUGUUGCAGGAGACGAUGCCAAAGCCGGCGCCAAAAAAUUUGCUUCUUGUGUGCGGCCCCGAUCCAAUGAUGGAAAAGUUGGUUGGUGCGCCACCGUCCGUGUUGAAAGCCAUGAGCAGUGGCCAGGCGUACCAGCCAGCGGGUACCGUGCUGAACAAUUUGGCAGACGUGGAGGGGACUCUCGGCAGGAUGGGGUACACAAAAGACAUCGUGUACCGCUUCUAG